AUGGGGGGGGGGCAAGGCAAGAGGCAGGCGCGGACCAGUGCCCGACAGCGGGGGAGGCGGGGCGGGGCGGGAGGAGGCGUGACGGCCCCCGGAGUCCCCGAAGCAGAGGCAGAAGAGCCAAGCUUUCGGAUCCAACCGGGAAAACCGGAUCCCCCGAGCCCGAAGGAGGCGCUGCAGGCCGGCAACGGUCUAGUCGGUCUGCAACGCUGGGAGAAGGUUGGAGGACUGUACAAGAAAUCGGGCAAGUUAGUGUUCCUGGGCUUGGACAAUGCGGGCAAGACGAUGUUACUGCACAUGCUCAAAGAUGACAGAUUGGGACAGCACGUUCCAACUUUACAUCCAAUGUUGGAGGAGCUGACGAUCGCCGGCAUGACUUUCACCACUUUUGACCUUGGAGGUCAUGCACAAGGUCUCGCAGUGUGGAAAAACUACCUCCCAGCCAUCAAUGGCAUUGUGUUCCUCGUGGAUUGUGCAGACCUCCCCAGAUUGAUGGAGUCCAAAACAGAACUUGACGCACUAAUGACAGACGAGACUAUUGGAAACGUGCCUAUCCUGAUCCUGGGCAACAAGAUUGACAGACCAGAAGCCAUCAGUGAGGAGAAGCUUAGGGAGCUGUUUGGCUUGUAUGGACGGACAACGGGCAAGGGCAGCACUCCCAUGAAGGAGCUGAACACGAGGCCUCUGGAGGUGUUCAUGUGCAGCGUGAAGAUGAAGCAGGGCUACGGAGAGGGCUUCCGCUGGCUCUCCCAGUACAUCGACUAAACCGCAGCCCAGUCAGACCUGCCAUGUGGGGGGUCCACCCAGGCCUGGUGCCCCCCCCCC